UUUACAUGUUACAGAUUUAUAAUUAAACAUCUAUAGAGAAGGGUGUGGUAACUACUUUGUGUGGGUGUGAACGUCUUUGGUGAGCCUCUCAAGAUUUCUCAUUGUGAGAGGUGCAGGAGGAGUGAAGACUGGGCUGCUUUUCUAGCUACUGAAGGAUUUUUACUGUAGGAACAACAUGGAGAGCAUGUUGAGGGGCUGGGUUCUGCUAAUUGUUCUCUUCUUGGCUUCCUACCAAGUGGCAGCAAGCCCCCUCUCCUGGCAGAAAGAUUGUGCAGGAGGCCCUGAGAGCUGGUGUCAGGAUCUGCAGACUGCAGUGGAAUGUGGGGCCGUGGAGCAGUGUCAGCAGACUGUCUGGAAGCAGCAGCCCGUGAAAAGCAUCAAGUGUAAUGUGUGUAAAAUACUGGUAUCCCUGACGGGGAGGAUCCUGCAAGACAACUCUACAGAGGAAAAGCUUCGUGUUUUCUUGGUUAAGAAAUGCCAGUACCUUCCUUUUCAGGAUUGGUCAGUCAAGUGCAAGAAGAUGGUGGACAAUGGCGUAAUGAUUCUCCUGCAGUUUGGCAAACAAAUAUUGGCUAACCCUCAGGCAGUGUGUGGUACCUUCAGGUUUUGCCUAUCUCAGGAGAGUCAAAUGGGUGCUUUGAAGUUUCAGAAGCCACUGCGGUCUGAUGGGAAAACGGUGAUGGACUUCCCUGAAAUGGCAUCUCCCUACAUCGCUAAUGUCCCUCUUCUCCUUUAUCCUCAAAACAAGCCCCAGCAAGAGACCUGGCAGGAAGGAGAUGUGUGUGGAACCUGCAUUCAGCUGAUAGCUGAUAUUCAGAAAGAAAUGAAAAACAACUUCUUCCUUGAGUCUAUAGUUGCUGAAGCUAAGGAGGAGUGUGCACACUUGGGACCUAACAUGGAUGACAAAUGCAAGAGUUACAUCUCUGAGUACUCAGACUUAGUUCUCCAGUUGCUGACAUACAUGAAAAAUGAGCCGAAGGAUAUUUGUGGCUUGGCUGGACUCUGCACUUCCCAGAAAUCUGUUCCCCUCAUGACCCUGUUCUCAGCUAAAGUGAUGAGCAUGCUUAAUGUGAUGGAGCCGGUAGAGGAAAACCAGGGCGCAGAGAAAUCCACCCCCCUGUGCAGUGUGUGUGAAAUGGUGAUAAAGACAGCGGAGAAUCUGUUGGAGAACAACAUGACAGAGGAUGAAAUAGUCCAUGGAAUAGAAAAGGUCUGCUACCUCCUACCACAUGGGGUCUUGGGGCAAUGUAAAGACUUUGUGGACUCCUAUGGCAAGGCUGUUGUUGUCAUGUUGUUGGAGGCGACUAAUCCUGAAGCUAUAUGCAUCGUGCUGAAAUGCUGUCCCAAACAUUCGACCCCUUUACAAACUGAGAGAAAUGCCCUGGAACAGGCACUAGUGAACGCUGAUCAGUUCUGCCACGUGUGUCAGAUUGUUAUUAGUUACAUUGAUGACGAGCUGCUGAAGAAUGAGACUCUGAUUGAAAUUGGUGAUAUGCUUACGAAGGGCUGUCAGGUUCUGCCAGACAUCCUGAUGGAGAAGUGUGAUGAACUUGUGGAGCAGUAUGAGCCUGGUGCAGUACGACUCCUGGUGCAGAUGAUGGAUCCUAACUUUGUGUGCACUAAAAUAAGAGUCUGUAGAGCCUCUGAAGAGGAUCUCAUAGGUGCUGACCCAUGUGUCUGGGGCCCAAGCUACUGGUGUAAGAACAUGGAGACUGCAGUUGAAUGCCAUGCUGUGGAGCAUUGCAAGCGUCAUAUAUGGAACUAAAAGAAUCCUUUCCAACUGAACGUGUUUGCCGUGGUUUUGAUCAAGCAUCCUGGGAUUUGUUUGCGUGGGAAUUGGUGAGAAGACUGGGUCGGUAAAGAGAUCUG